AUGGAAGUCUACAUGGACGACAUGCUGGUCAAAGCCCCAAAGUGUGCAGAUCACAUCAAAAACCUCACCGAGGCAUUCAGCCUGCUCCGCCAGUAUCGCAUGAAGUUGAAUCCAAGUAAAUGCACGUUUGGUGUAUCCUCCGGCCGAUUCUUGGGAUACCUAGUUACGCAACGAGGUAUUGAGGCACACCCACGUCAAAUCAGAGCCAUUCUCGAGAUGAUGUCGCCCUCCAGAGUAAAGGAGAUACAAAGUCUGACGGGCAGCGGCCCUCAACCGAUUCCUCUCGAGAUCAAUGGACAAGUGCAAACCAUUUUUCAAAGCUUUGAGGAAAGGACAACGAGACAAAUGGGACGAGGAGUGCGAAUGUCCAACUCAGCUGUCAGCUCAGCUCUCAUCCGAGAAGAGCUGGGGGCCCAACAUCUGGUAUUCUACACAUCAAAACCUCUCCUCGAUGCAGAGACUCGUUACCCGAAAUUCGAGAAGCUCAUUUUGGCCCCUGUAGUCUCCGCGAGAAAGUUGCGACCCUACUACCAAGCUCAUCGAGUCAUCGUCAUGACCAACUUUCCUUUGAGAUCAAUCCUCCACAGCCCCGACGCUUCUCAGCGACUCAUGAAGUGGGCUAUAGAGCUAAGCUAA